AUGAUCGACCACGGCGACGAACAACCCCCAGUCGAAGCAGAGGGUCUAGAUCGACCAUCUGAUAAUGAAGACAGGCUCGAUGAUUUGGACGACGAAUUUGAUGAUCCUUCAAGAGAAACUCGAGCCGAUGCGGACGACUCGGAUGAUGAAUCGCUUCUCUCCGAAGUCGAUGAAGCGCAGUUUGCGGAUUUCGAUCCUACAGCCGUGCAAGUAGCACCCGACUUUGACACACUCAACAAGGCCAUCAGAGUCAAGAAGCGAAAGAGAACUGAUGGUGAAGAAUCGGUGCCUAAGAAGAAGAAAGAGAGAACAAGAGAAAAGGCCAAGAAGAAUCAGCGAAGACGUGACAGUGAUGACGGCUUUUCUGGAGGCGAGGAGAUAGAUGGCAAGAGAGGUCGGAGACCAAAAGGUGCAGAUGGUGAAAAGAGAGCAAGACCCGUGCGGAUAGAGGUCAACGACGAAGAUUUGACACCAGAAGAGCGCCGGAGGAGAGCGCUGGAUCGAGCGAUGGACGCUGCGGUCAAGAAGUCCUCUGCCAAGAGGAUCAGGAAAGGCGAGAUUGAUCUGGAACAAGCUGCAGACCAAGAAAUCGAAGAGAUGCGAAAUCGAAUGAUUGCAGCAGCCGAGACUGAUGGAGAAUUGGUUCGACAAGGUCUUCCGGCAUCCCAAAAACUGAAAAUGCUCCCCGAAGUUGUGAGCCUGCUCAACCGCAACACUUAUGUUCAAUCUAUACUCGAUCCCGAAACAAAUCUACUGGAAGCAGUUCGAUUCUUCUUGGAGCCCCUGACCGACGGUAGUCUUCCUGCGUACAACAUUCAACGAGAACUCUUCGCGGCACUCGCAAAGCUACCCAUGAACAAGGAGACCUUGAUCUCGUCCGGUAUUGGCAAAGUCAUUUUGUUCUAUCGGAAGUCUAAGAGACCUGAACCGUCGAUCAAACGGCAAGCCACCAAACUCAUGGAAGAAUGGUCGAGACCAAUCCUGCAGAGAAGUGACGACUACACCAAGAAGACUUGGGCCAGAGCAACAUAUGAUCCAACCAAGAGACGAGAUGACACUUUGCAGGCAGCCGUGGUACCAAAGGCAAGACCUAAUGUUGCACCGGGUCAAAAACAAAGCAACCGAGCGAGAUUGCUACCGGGGGCCACAAGUUAUACCAUUGUGCCCGAGGUUUCAGCAAUCGUCAGACGCUAG